AUGGAAGCGCCUAAAUGGCUGGAUGAUGAUGGAAAGGAUCUCUUCAACGACAUCGAAAAUGAUGAGAACCCACACAGUGAUGCAGCUUGCGAAAGCCGCGAGAAGCUGCUGAAAGCAAUGGUUGGGAAAGGCGACUCCAGCGCCUCCAACUAUCGAGCUCGCACUCUCCUAGGCUGCGGCCUCUGCGAGAUGAAGAAGGCAAACUGGAUGAUGGCGAAGAGACGUUUGGAGAGCGCGAUCUCCGAGAUGAACGUGCCAAGUGAGGAGAUGAUGUUGAAGAAUCCCGACCUCGCGCCGAUUGCACUCACGAAGCAAGCGGCAGACUUCAUGAAGAAGUUUGAGCUCACGCAGGCAGGGACCCAGCUGCGGCGAUGCCGCGAAGUCCUGGAAAGGAACGUGAAGACGGUGCUGAAGAGAGUCCAUCAGCAGAUGAGCCAAAGUGGCCAGGCCGUUCCUUUGGAAAAGUUCGUGGAAGAGAUCCCAGGUCUUGGGAAGACAGGGCAGUUCCUGCCGUCUUUGUUGACGCAAGUCCCUGGACUCCGCGAGGUUUUCGGCUUCAUGGAGGUCGUUGAGAGCUCCCUUGACUCGCUCGAUGCCCAAGUCGCGGUUCGUGCCCUCUUCAUGCAGCCUGUUGUGCCAUUCGAGCAGCUCGCCGUCGCCAAGGAGUUGGUGGACUCGGGUGCGGCAAAGGCCAUUUCCGGCCUGGCGGCCAGCCAGGCAGCUUCGCUGAUCAAGCGAACGAAGACUGGCUCAGGGUGCAAGGAGGAGCUCAGCAAGGUCUGCGAGAAGCUCUCGAAGAUUGCGGACAUCCAAUCGAACGGUUUCGGCGAAACGCGCCUCCUCGUCCUCAAGGAAGGCAAGAAGCAGUCUUUGGAUGCAUGCACGACGAAUGCGAACGUGGGCAUUCUGGUGGCGGCGCAGGAUGGUGCUCGCCUCACCGUCGCCGGACAGGAGCCCACGCCGCUGAAAGCCGGAGAGCCUGUGGUCUUCGACGUCUGCUUGGAGGCGAGCCUUCAGGCCGAGGAGAAGCUGCCAGUGCUCCUCGCUCAGGCCUGGCACCCGGAGUUCGCAGCAGUCGAACGCACCACGGAGUUGCGGGCGAGGGCGUCGGCUUUUGGUCUGUCCGAAGAGGAGGUGAAAGCAGUGACCAAGGUGGUCAACGACCACGCGAAGUCGGCGUGGGAAAAAAGUGCCAAGCAUUGGCGAUCCACGUCUAGCGGCCUGGAGUCGAUGAGGAAGGUCCUGCAGACCCUAGAGGAGGACAAAGCGAAAGCCAAGGAAGCAGCCGAAGAGGCCAAGCGGAAAGAGGACGAGGCCAACGACGAAGACCGGAAGCGAGCGCUAGAGGAGCUCGAGCGAAAGCGCGCAGAGAGAAGGCGAAAGGAGGAAGAGGCUGAAGCGAAACGGCUGGCGCGUAAGAAGCAACUAGAAGAGGAGAGGGCGAAGCGAGACCCCUGGCUCCUCUUUCCAGAGGUCGUGGCGGCCGAGAAGAAGGUCGAGGACCUCAAAGAGCAGAGGCGAGAUGCCAAUGCCAAGCUGGAGUUUGACUUGUCGAACUCCCUGACGAAGGAAAUCUCCGCGGCAGAGCGAGCUCUGAAAUCCGCGACAAAGAAAGCCAAGAAGGCCUACAAGAAAGGCGAAACUCCUAGCGCCGCAGACGUCUCAAAGAAGGACGCAGGCGGCGAGGAAGCCGAGAAGGCCAAGGAUAAGACCAAAGAGCUGCAGGCGGAGCUGCAGGAUGUGAAGAAGAGGAAGGCGGAGGCAAGCAAGGUAUUCCCUCGCAGCCAUCACAAGCUUCAUGCCCGUCUAAUUGUGGAAGAUGCUUCCUGUGCUUGCUGA